UAACGGCAUUGGAUAAAGUGUUUUUUUACGGACUUAACCGCGUUGGGAAUUAGCUGCAACCUCCAAGAUGCCGUCCAAGCCUGCCCCCAUCAAGAAGGCGGCUAACAAAGAACCAGCCAAGAAGGAGGAGAAGGCUGCAGAGCCCGAACCCGCUCCUGAACCCGCACCAGAGGCUGCCCCCGCUGAAGCCGCACCAGCUGAAGCCCCCGCUGAGGGCGAAGCUGCACCUGCCGAAGCCCCUGCUGCUGAGGAGCCCAAACCCCCGACUCCUCCACCUGCAGACGAGCCCACCAGCGCCCCGGUGGAUCUGUUCAUUGAGGACAAGAACGACACUUCAGUGACGAUCAUCUGGAGCCAGCCUGAGACCAUUGGGCACACUGGCCUGGAUGGAUACACCAUUGAAAUCGCGAAGGAUGGCACUGAGGACUGGAAAGCAGUCAACGAGGAGCCACAGAAGUCCUGCCGCUAUGUCAUCAAGAACCUGACCACCGGAGACCGUCUGAAGAUCCGCGUGGUUGCUGUGAAUGCCGGAGGCCGCAGCGCCCCUUGUGCCCUCCCCGAGGCUGUCCUGGUGAAAGAGGUGGCAGAUCGCCCCAAGGUCCGCAUGCCUCGUUUCCUCAGGCAGAGAUAUGUCGCUAAUGUUGGAGCCAAGAUCAACCUGACUAUCCCCUUCACAGGCAAACCCAAACCUGUGGUCAGCUGGACAAAGGAUGGUCAGCCUCUGGACACAAAGAGGGUGAACAUCCGCAGCACCGACAGAGACAGCAUCGUGUUCAUCCGUGCAGCCGAGAGGGACGACUCUGGAGUGUUCGAGAUAUGUGUCAAGGUGGACGACUUCGAGGACAAGGCUCAGUUCAUCCUGCAGAUCGUUGAGCUGCCCGGCCCUCCUGCCAGUUUGAAGAUCGUAGACACCUGGGGCUUCAACGUGGCUCUGGAGUGGACCCCACCCAAGGACAACGGCAACACAGAGAUCACAGGUUACACAAUUCAGAAGGCCGACAAGAAGACUGGAGACUGGUUCACUGUGCUGGAGCAUUACCACCGACUGAACGCCACCAUCUCUGACCUGAUCAUGGGCAACACCUAUAAUUUCAGAGCGUUUUCUGAGAACAAGUGUGGAAUCAGCGAAAGUGCCAUUAUGGCAAAGCAGGAGGCCAAGAUCCUGAAGACAGGUAUUGAUUACAAACCUCCAGAGUACAAGGAGCGCGACUCUAGCGAGGCACCCAAGUUCACCACCUCUCUGAAUGACAGAGCCACCACCGUCGGCUACAGCACCAAGCUGCUGUGCUCCGUCAGGGGAAGCCCAAAGCCCAAGGUUCAGUGGAUGAAGAACCAGAUGAUUAUCGGAGAUGACCCCAAGUACAGGCAGAUCUGCGUCCAGGGUAUCUGCUCUCUGGAGAUCCGUAAGCCCGGUAACUUUGACGGAGGUGUGUACUCCUGCAAAGCCAAGAACGAUCACGGAGAGGCAACCGUCAGCUGCAAGCUGGAGGUCAAACAGGCAGCAGUUGCAGAUGCAGACAAGAAAUAAGUCAACAUUCACAUUCUCACAGGAGCAGAAGGAAUGAGGCCUUAGCAGCAUAAGGAUGGUGCUGGAUUCCUGGAAGAAGAACAUGUAUAUAUGGCUGGUGACCACGCUACCAAAGUGUUGUUGCCUGUGACCUCUUACUGAGUGUUACCCUGUGUUAUGAUGAACAAUUGUUGUCACUUUUUUGCAUUGCAUUCUCAUUCACCACAUUUAUGACAUCAAGUCCAUAUCCAUGUCCGCCAACAGCUAUUUUUUUUCCCAACGAUUCUGUCGGUCACUAAAUUAUCAAAUAUUCCAGAUACAGUUCCUCACAAGUUUAUCAUCUCCUCAGUCGAACUAGCACACCAAGAAAUGUAGAACAUGUAUUUUACUGUCGCUCAUAGGAGAACUACAUGUAACAGCUACGUGUUUAUAUCAAUAAAUCAUUUAAUUUCUGGGUUUUUUUUCAAUACUGUGUGAUUUUUACAGUGAAACCCUGAAACAUAGUCAGUAUUCAAAGCAACUGUGCACGAUAUGAGAAAUGUAUAAAAUGAAUUUGGUGUUUUUUUCCCAAUCCAAUAACAGGAAAGGCAUUUUUGUUCAAAAUCUUGAAAAUACAUCUGAUAUUGGGCAUACCACCUGU